UAUCUUAUGAAGAAAUCCUGCAUCACAUUCUUGAAGAAUUUAAUAGUUCAACUUCAAGUAGUCCAUACGUUCAAUUGGGUAAUAGUUAUAAAUAUAUGACUACAUCCACUGUUAAAGAGAAACUUCUGAAAGAAUUAAAACAUGAACCAUUUGUAACAUUAUUUGAUAAGAACCCAGAAGAACAAUCUUUAACAACCACUACUAGGCCAAUUCCAAAAUUGUUAGAGCUUUUCGGACGCCCAGUUUAUGAAUUUUGGAAAAAUCGUAAAAUUGAACGUAAGGGCAAACAAAUUCAUCCAUCUUUAAAAUUUGAAGAUCCUAACGCUAGUGAAAAAGAUAAUGAUAACGAUCCUUAUAUUUGUUUCCGUCGUCGUGAAUUCCGUCAAGCUCGUAAAACUAGAAGAGCUGAUACUUUAGGUGCUGAAAGAAUAAGGUUACUACAAAAAUCAUUACAUCUUGCUCGUAAUUUGAUUUUUUCAGUUUGUCAACGUGAAAUAAUUAAACUUCAAACUUGGGAAAGUGAACACCAAAUUUUUAAAUUACGUAGUGAAGCUAAAAACUUGAAACGUGUUGUCGGCGUUAAAGGUGAUGAUUACUUAUUCUAUCCUCACAAAAGACGGAAGGUGACUAAAGUUAAAGAACAAGAUGAUGAUAAAGAAGUCUUACCUAUUAAGGCAAGAGGCCAGAAAAGAAAUAAGGAUGUACUUGAUUCAAUGGGUAAGGAUAAAUAUGCUUCUGCCACCGCCGCACAUCAACAGCAUUUACAACAUCAAGCUCAAUUACAACUGCAACAACAAGCUCAACAAGAACAAGCAUCCUCUUCAUCAACUCAACCUUAUGUCAAAUUGCCUCCUUCCAAGAUUCCAGAUAUGGAUUUGGUUACUGUCUCUUUGGUUUUGAAAGAGAAGAACGAAACUAUUAAAAGGGCAGUUUUGGAUAAAUUACAAAAAAGAAGAGAACAAGACAAAGGCUUCAUCAAUGUUACUGAUGAUCCUUACCAGCCCUUUUUCAAUAUAUCAACAAAUGAUAAGGAUAAAAAUAAAGAAUUGAGUCAUAUCCCUUAUUCUUCAAUCGCUGCUAGUAGUUAUCAUCAAAUAAAUACUACCAAUUAUAUGAACGAAGGAUUAAAGAAAUUGUUGGAAAAUGGUAAAGUUCCUCUCCCUGGUAUAAAGACUUUUAGAGGUACUAAUGGUGAACUUAUUCCUUCAAAAAAUUUCCCACAUUUACUGACAUUAUUGCAAAAUCAUAUAAAUAACAAUAAGAAUAAUUCAGUAAGUUAUGUUGCUCAGCUUCUUCAUAAUAUUGAUACCAAUAACUUCAGUGCAUACAGUCAUGGUUACGGACGCCAAUAUCAACAAAUUCGUGAAAAACUUGAACAACAACGUCAUCAAAUCCUGCACUAUAAUCAACAAUAUCCUUCGCUUGAUGAAGAUGAAGACCAAGAACGUGUUUCGGAUCCAAUUUUCAGAUUGCGUAAGAGAGUUGGCAGAGCUAAUAGGACAUUUGUUGAUAGAAGGGGUCUUAUUGAAAGACCAAAUGAUGUUAUUGAUGAAUUUCUUAAAUUUGAUGAUGAUGAAGAUGAUUCUAUGGAUGUCGAUACUGUUACAGAUAAGAAUAAAUCCGUUCCGAAUGUUUAUGACUGUAAGUCUGAUUUAAUUAAUAGAUUGGAUUCACAUUGGCAAUUUGAUAAUGAUUAUACUGAAUAUCAAAACGGCCUCAAAGAACCGUUUAGUUUAGAUCCUUCAAAGUUAAACUGCAUCAGUGAUGAUACUCAAUCAAUCAGAUUUGGGUCCAUGUUGUUGUCGAAGUCUUACGAUUUGUUGAGAGAAUCUGCCCAUCAAAGGCAGUUAUUAAUUCAACAAGCCAGAAUGAGAGCAUUGCAACAACAACAACAGCAUAAUAAUAGAAAUAUACAAGCAGCUUCUCAGCAACAACGUGUGUUAAACCAAGGACAAAAUCAACAAGCUAGGGCUUCAUCAGGCGACUCUUCGUCAUCUAAUUCAUCGGCUUCACUCUUGAAGAAACUGUCAUUGGUAAAAAGUGAAAAUAAUUCUGCUUCAUCUGAUGGGAGUAUUAAAUAUAACAGCUCAAACGGUUUAGGAAAUGAAUCAAGGAAGCUGUUUACUGCUGGUCAGCAAGCUAACCAUAAUACUGUCUCGCAAGAUUCCCAAGCCUUCGAACAACCAUCUACGAAGCUGAUCUCUAAAAAAUCUGACAAUUCUCCAAAGAGGCCAUCUGCAAGCUCGCCUACAAAACAAAUGCAUAACGGACAUGUUCCAAAAUCCGCUUCUAAUUAUCUGAUUGGUAAUAAUAGCAAUCUAAGCAAUGGUACUGCCAAUCCUAAAACCCAACCUGACUCAAUUUUAAAUUCAACGGGCCAAUCUUCUAGCCCAUACCCUCCUACCAAAAUCAAUUCCAAUGCCAUUGCAAAGACUAACGAAUCUCAAUAAGCUGGUGUGUACAAACCACACUAUUAAUUCAUUUAAUGACUUAGAAUUAUGUUUUUAAUUUUCUCUUCUUUUUUUGCCUUUCUCAUAAAUGUAUUAUAGUAUAUAUAUCUCAAUAAUUACGCUUGCAAAUAUUAAAAUGAAAACAGUUCUGUAAUAAUAGUGACUCUAGAUACUGCCAUGUUGGUUAGAUAAACCCCAUAAGGUCAUUGAUCAACUGGAAAAAAGUGUUGACCACGGAUCACAAAGUAUUGAUGAAGCUAGUAAAGACGUCAAU